AUGGCCCCCGCCCAUUCUCAAAUCGACCAUGGUACCCCGAAAUGUGCCGUUGGCAGUACACUAACACUUCCCUUCCCCUUUAAGCCCUCUUUGCCUUGGCUCUCCCACCCCAGCCGAUCGACACCUUUUCAAGUCCAAUUGCAUCCUAUUCCACGGCUAGUCUUGCGCGCGCGCUUGCAAAAUGCCUAA